AUGUUGAAUGCCGUUCAUAGUAAUUCCGAGAACGGUGACAGCAGAACCAACCCCGAGGAUGUCAUCCAAUCUCAACGCGUACGCUUCUAAACUGUGCCCUCCCUAAUAAGCCCCGAAGCGUUUAAGCAUUGAACCCUGUCCAUAUGACCAUACACCAUUAUGAUUAAAUAUCCUAGGUUUGUGAGCGUCUACCAUGUCAGGAUCAGCAAAUCAUGGCCAUCGCAGUCCAGUGUGGGCUGGCAGUUUUCCGGUACCUGGUUCUCUGGCGGUAAAUGCGCUUGCGCUCCCGCUGGGUAUGCGGGAUCGUGUGCAUGGCUGACCAGUCAUCCUCGUCUUUUCUAUUUUCUUUGUUGGUAGUGGUCAAAAUUCUGGCCAAGUGUUUUUUGUGGACCAGACGAUGUGAAGUGAAGCGCCAAGGUGCGGGUUCGGCCGCGCCAUCCACCUGCGCUCUCUCCCGCCCACGCUCUUCUUGACCCUGUCUUGACAACGGGCAUGGAUGGAGGAGGAUGUGCGAGUGCGGUGGACGCUGCGUAAGUCUGCACUCGCUAUAAACUAAUUCACACUGAAGUCACCGUUCCUGCCACACCUUGCCGUGGAGCACGCAGUGGACAUCGUCGGUUGCGACAGUCGAAUCAUCAUGAUUAAAUAUUGUGCCACAUUAUUGCUCCUUAUGUUAGAGAAAUAGGUUAUAUUUUAAAAAUACCGUUCUACAAAACGCCCCCAUUUAGAAAACAGAUUGAUAGGUGACGAGAGAGAGAGAGAGAGAGAGAGAGAGUAGGUUUGCAUAAAAACUGUGCAAACAUUAUGGGGGCAGUUAGAGUCUCAAUUUCUGUAUUUCGGUCUAUUUACACGUUAGGUAUCGUGCUAGAGAGGGUAAUGUUGAACGCUGGCAUGCCAAUGGAAGCCACGGCACAAGGGGCGGAGACACAUUGCAGACAUUAAUUCAGAGUGAAGGGCAUGGACAAUGUCAUUCAGAAUUCGACCACCAAACUGCUUGACCAUUAUGAAGUGUCAUUUCGUUAAUAUAUCUGCUAAAAGGGCAUAAGAAACACCGGCAGCAGAAGAGAUCUUUCCGGAGACACGUUUAAAGUGACCAUGUCUUUUUUAAAGCAAUGUCACCACGUUUGCUUUUUCCUGCGGCUUUAUGGCGUACGCUGCCACCAAACAAAUAAGUUGAACAACCGGCUGGACAACGAGCCCCUGGCUCAGUUGUUAGCGGGGUUGAAAUUCUAACCAACAGGUCGCGAGAUCGAGCCCCAGGCGUUCCACACUUUGAGGUUGGGCAUGACUGGCUGACGACGGCUAAUAAGCCAGAAAUGGUCACUCCAGUCUCCCUUGUCUUUGUCGGUAAUAUUCUGCCUAUACUUCUAAAUGUGUCAUUUCCAGGGUAGACAGUCAAACGUCUGCCGACCAACUGCAGUCUAAAUAUGACGGGCAUACUAUCGAAAUUAUAAUUUCCAAAGUCGAUAACCUAAUGCAAGGGCCUAUCUGGGAAAAGUGACAACCAUGCAAGCACGGACUUCAGGGGGUGGUUAUAUCACGGCGCUGCCGCAUUGACGAAUUAAUUUAGCCUAUCGCCUUCAGUGCACCGGAAGGUUGGCGUCACGCAGUGCAGGCAACCGCACGAAUGUCCCUCACACCUCUGUGCUUUUGGUUUAGUCGACCUAUCAAAAGUGAGCCGGCAUUCUAAGUCACGAAUCACGGAGAAUACAUUUGCUGUCAACAGCAAACAGCGUGCUGCGCGAGAGUGCGGAACCUAUCGUCUUUGCGGAGUAAAAGUCGUUUCCCUAGUUGUCUGGUUGUCUCACAGGCUCACCCAGUGCACUCAUUUUUUUUUCGGCACUCGCAGGCUGGCUGACUUUCGGGAGUUCAGAUGCCACACGAUCAACUACCCACUGCCGCGAGAAGCGAGGCGCAACCAACCGGCCGCCCGCCAUCGCCUAUCGAUCAUUCGUCAGUCGCGCAGUUGACUAGGUCUGCUGCUAGCUGCGCUCUGAUUGGUCCGUGCGACUGUAUAACCGACGAUCACCCACGGGCAGUAGUCCGACUUGUCGCGUUGGCUGUGCGCAGUGAGUUGUGGUGUUUUCUUUUACGACUGAUUCCAUUUUGUUCUAUUUUAAGGCGCCGCCUUUCUUCUGGGGUGACACAACAGCCAUAGGGCAGACAGUGGGACUAAAAGGACCCCUAUUUUUUAAUUGAAAAAAAAGGGAGGAGGCACUAGAUGACCAAUUUAAACUCUUAAAAUAAGGCUUGAGAUUCAGUAGGGAGAAAAAGAGCAUGCCUUAUUGUUUUGCACGGGGAAUUCGUUCGCCUGGGUAGAUAAAUCUUUUAUGCAAGUUAAAAAAAGGCCAUUUCGGAAGUAAGCACGCCAAAGUUGAAGCACCAGUAAUCGCGCCCCUCAGCAAUUUCCUUGGUUUAAAAUUGCGGCAUCUUUUGCCAACUAAGUUAAUUUUUGGUGCGAAGCCGGACGUGAGGCUUAUUCGCUUUUACAGUAAUUUGACCUUGGUGACGACGCUUUCGGGUAUCAGUGAAAUUCUAAUUUGGGGAGAAUUCAUCAUAGUCUACUAAGAAGGAAAAAAGAUUUGGCGAUAUACGACGGAGAAUGCCUUCCUAAAACGCAGAAUAACUUAAUUAGACCGAAAAUCUUGCAUUUGUAACUCGGUCGUCGGCAUAAGUUUUGUGUCCACUGAGUCUCCUUCAACUUCAUACACUUUUACGAGAAUGCAGCGUUCAAUCGUUUACUUGUUAUCAUGGUUUAAUUAACCUAUUACCGGCAGAAUAGGUCAUUAGCAUAAGCUUGCUUCUAGUAAGAAGGAAAGGCCUGUGGCAGUUGAAAGUGAUAUUACGAAGAUCUGCACUGAUCUCGGAUUUCAUUCAUCGGCCUGGGAGUUUAAGCCAAAAAUAAGUUUUUGACUUUUCAACUAAAGCACAUGUUUUAUUGUAUAACCCAGCUUCGGAGAUAACCCCGGAUGUUUGAAGUGUUGUGUUCGGAGUUUAAAAGGCAUAUAGUGUCCCAAAAGUUUUAUUGACAAGGAUAAAGGGGCCCGCAUUGGUCAUUUCUUGCGUAUUUUCUAGCCGCGUCCAAACCAGCAGGAUGUGAGAUCAUGGCUCAAUUGGUAGAACGCUCAGUUUAAGGAUCAUCUGGGCUCGAGUGCGAACCUCAUUGCCAUCGGACACGAUGUUGGGGCAUAGCUGGCUGAGGGCAGGAGAGAAGGAAACAGUGGCCAUUCCAGUCUCGCCUGUCUUACUCUUUGCUAAUUCUUAAUUACUUAUUGUUCAGCACCUGUGAAGACCCAUUUGGCUUUCGUUUUACGUUUGAAGUUAGAAUUAGGGUACUGGUUAAUGGUUUCCGAUUUUCGGGUUAGGGUUAUGCCUUUAAGCUUAGGUUUUCGGGUUACGGUUAGGGUUUGAGCGUACGAUUAGGUUUCAGUAUUACGGUUAGGUUUUUCAGUUACGGCCUUGUCUAAGGGCUAAGGUUACCUUUACGAUUUCGGUUAGGGUUAGGGUUGCCGUUAGGGUUAACGGUUAACAUUUGAGGUUGACGUUAGGGUUAGGGUUAAGGUCGCCGUCCGCUUCCCCAUUUCUGGCUACCAACUGCGAUCUAGCCGGCAGGAUAGGUCAGUAGACGCCAUUCGCAUGCAAUUGUAUGUGGUCAGUAUUCUCACAGCCACCGUCGAGAUCCCAAUACUUGUGCGAUAAGCUGAUGCGGAUUCACUCUGACCUAUUUUGUCAUUUUUUAGCAAGAGCACAUGACUCCUCGGUCCUAAGAAAUCAUGGGAACUGGUUGGAUAGCUCGAAAUCACCUCGUGACGAGGUCGUGGGAAAACAGUUUGCUUUGCCCUACAAAUUUUGCAUUAAACGAUCCGACAUUUGAGCUGCUGGGAGACACACGAUCACUUCUGUUGAUCCUUAAAAAAGGCCAGUACUUUCAGAUCCUGGGAGGCUGAAGGUGGGGUUCACCAGUCUCGCGUUUCGCCCGGGUGGAUUAUCGACCUCAUCAGUAUGAGACUGCUGCUUGCCCUUGAACAGCAGGCAGAGGGAUUCCUGAUAAAGGCUGCCCCUGUAUCCGUGAACCAAAGUCAGAAUUUUCCGAUGACCUGCGUAGAGCCGACUGACUGGCCUCGUGAUUGGCCCAUCAACUUUAUAGGCUUGUCAGCCCCUGCUGAACCUCCUGUGAGGACACCGGAAAUAAACAGCUGACUUUCCGAAGGUUGAAAGGGCCGCGGUCACAGUACAGUAAAAUCACUCACCGGAGCAUGGUGACUUUUGCAAUUUUGUGCAUUAAAAUUGCGAGUUGAACCGUAUCUAAAAAUAGCCACGUAAAAGACCUCACGAAACUGCGUGCUAUCCAAGCGCGUGAGAGUUAUUUACGAACUAAGAGUGUUGGUUAGAGGCUGGAGCGUGUCUGUUGAUAGCAUCCUAAAUCACACCCUUUCGCGAUUUACUACUGAAUUCAGACAGAUAAAGCAAACUCGGAUGAGUGCUUAACCGUCGGGCUUUGAGCCUGGGACAAAAAAGGCCAAGCCUUCAGCACCGGUAGCACUUGCCACCUGGGUUAUUAUUGCGCCGGAUGACUACCGAACUUAUUUUUAAUAUGUUUUUGACAUAUGAGAUUGGCAUUCGCUAGUAUGACUUGCCUGCAGGUCGCAAGAGGCGAUACAAAAAAGACCGGGGGAACUUGCACGCCGGUUUCUGGCUUGCCAAUCCUCAUCAGGAAGUGAUGAUGUUGAUGAUAAUUCCAGUAUCCUCACCCUUGUCGACAAUGCUUCUGAGUUAAACAGAACUGGUUGAUUAGCGCCACACUUCUACGUGGAGUAGUCUGGUAGUUUCAUUACUAGUUUUCGCUGCCUUUCCUGGAGCUAAGAACCGGUUUAGGGUGUGGCAAUUCAGCCGUCGCAAAUGGUGACAUCCGACAGCUCGAACGUCGAGUUCGACGAUGUCCACCGCGUGCUACACAGUAAGAUGCAGCACGCCCAGUGACUUGCGCGUGAAUUAGUUUAUAGCGAGAGUAGACUUACGCAGCAUCUACCGCACUCUCUCCUCCUCCUCCUCCUCCUCCUCCUCCUCCCCCACCUAGACCCGGUGUCAAGACAGAGUCAAGAAGAACGGAAACGGGGGGAGGGGGGCGCAGGUGGAUGGCACGGUUGAGCCUGCACCUUGGUGGGAUCCACUGCGUGCCUCACAGACUGGGCGCAGCACGGGUAUCUUGCGCGCGAAUUUUUUUUUAUUAUGAAUGAACCUACCGCACUCUCUCUUCCCUCACCCACCUGGCUCCGGUGGCAGGCCAAUGUCAAGACGUCCGGCGGUGAGUGCGGGCUCAGGGACUGACAAAGCUAAACGGCCCGUCUACGCGGACCAAACACACGACCUGCCCUCCAAAGCAUGUGUCAGGCCUCCGUAAGGGCGACUCAGAACUCACGUGUACGAGAGUAUCGUAAAGGUCACAUUGGGAAGGAACCACUGACAAAGCAAUUCACCCCCUUUACUGACCAGAUAAUCGUGUCGGACAAUUUGCUUGAUGUUCUUAGGCCAUGACCGAGUUUUCCUGUCAGUUGGGACCCCCCGAAGCCAUGACUAUUAGAGCACUGUGGUGGAGUAAGGCGCGUCAGAUUCAUUAUCAUGAGAAAUGCGCCGCAUUGCUGUGAAGAUGGAUUUCCUAGUGUCAGUUACACUCUCUUUUCCCUUUCCGCUGUACGAGCCUAACAGUCGACUGGAUUGGGCUCAUUGACUGACAGUCCGUCUACGUGAGCCACGACGCACGCUGAGAACAUGUAUGUAAUGUAUGAACCCAUAUUGAAUAUCAGGAUGUGAAGAGUGGUGUGCGCUUCCGCGGUAUGUUGGGUAACCUAAAAGCGGGCAGUCGCGGGGAUGACCUAUAACUAGGAAACUUUGCCAGAAACAGGCACUACACGCAGUCAGAUAACGUUUGCUAGCCAUAGGUAAGGAAGCAUCAAUUAUUUGCAGUGUAAACAGACGUGUCUUGGUAGAACACCCAGAGCGGAAUGGGAAGGUCAGCGGUUCGAUCCCGUCCGUGUGCAUCCAGGGGUCACCAAAGGCGGUCCGCCUACGCAAAACUCCGGUCGCCUUGUCUCCUCACUGUCAUGCGAAUGCAUCGAAUGUGGGCGGAGAGAGAGAGGGUGAGGUUGAAACCGCGAGAGCCUCCUUAGUCGGCAGCUCGACCAUCGCGAACGACGAUACCCGUCGUAGGGUGGGCGCAGGAGCUGCAACUUGCACGCGAAUGAGUUUAGUGGUAGCAGACUUGAACAGCAUCCACCGCACCCUCUAUUCCCUCCAGCCGCCUAAGCCAGACAGAGUCAGGAAGACCAGAGGCGAGCACGGACACAGUGGCUGACAAGGCUGGACAGCCCUCUACGCGUACCACACACGCGACUUCACCGUCAGUUGGCCGAUUUCCUGGCCACGGUUCCUAGUACAUCGUGAUAGUCUAGAGCCGAUUGAGGUUGUUUUUUAUUGAGAAAUGUGCGCUGAGUACUGUGGGGACGCAACCUCUCUUCCUCUUCUUAGGCAUCAGUUCACUGUACGAACUAAUCGAUCAUCUGAUGCGGGGAUUGAGUCUGUGCCUAGGCGUGCCGCUUCGGGCGUGCAUCCCCAAUUAUGGGUGUCUAGCCCGCGUGUUUGUCAGGUGCAUUUCAUGCGUGGCCCAAUGUAGGAGACACAACCUACUUACUGGUAAAGGUACGCUCACUGAUCAAACUGGAAUGACCAUUUUCUGGCGUAUUAACCGUCGUCAGCCAGCCACAUACAAUCCGAGACGUGAAACUUCAGCGACUUGUUGGUUAGAAGUCCAACGCCCCUAACCAAUGAACUACGGACUCGUUGUCCUGUCGGUUGCGAUCGGCUGACGACGGCUCAUUAGCCAAAAAUGUCCAUUCCAGUCCCCUUGUCUUUUUCGGCAACGCUAUAUAGCCUGCUAAAUCACAAACAGACUCACUCACAGGUCACCGACUAGGUUCACCUCGCGGGACAGUAGUGCACCACAAUGCUCACGAGGAUUGGACUAUUAAUGCAAACUGUUCUGGUAAUUAGUUCGUGACAGAUUAUCUCGGGCGUAUAACUCAGUGUCGAAGAAAUUGCUUAUCUUCUCAAAUGCGUUUUAGUGUUCUGGAUAUUUACGAAAGAAUGCACUAAGCAGAACUUACUGACAAAGCAAUUCACCCCCAUGACUGAUCGGAUAAUCGUGCCGGGCAGUUUGCUUGAUGCUCUUAGGCCAUGAGUUCGGCAUCAGAACCGGUUAAUAGUGCCCCUGCAAGAUUCUACUCGGCUUCUCUUCUUCAGACAAGCAGACGCUUCCGGCCGAAGUGACGUAGUGUCGUUCGAUACCAACCAGUAGCCGCUCAUCGGACGGAGAUAUGGGGUCACUUAUCGACGUUGGGGAGACCUGUCUUGGCCACGCGGGCUCCUCGUCCGCUUAAAGUGCUCUUAGCUGUGGGUGGCAGCCGAAACGCUGUCGGUCUAGCAAACAAAAUAAAUGACACCUGACCCAGAAAGUACUUCUGCAGACAAGAAGACCCCCAGACAUUAUGCUGCUCACGUGAAUACUGCUCCACUUAGCAUUCGAUUGAGUUCUGAAAACAGUCCAACUUCGGUUCGCAUCAGAGUGGCAGAUCCGAUUUCACUUCUGGGGAAGCUUUGUUAGCUGAGGAGCGCGAAGUCCAAAUGUCGCAGACCGUCCUCCUAGUGUAUAGGAGGCGCAAAAAGCGUCCACAAUCUUGUCCUUCAAGACACGAGUAAGUCGGCGGACUUUGAAGCAUCUACGGCGACUCUAACCAUUGAUAUGACCAAUUAUCUCUGUACCCUUCUCUAUAUCUACCUACUGUUUCCUACUUGAAAUGCAACCCACCCGUCUCAGACUAGCAGUCCGAUUGAAAUCUAGCUUGCAGGCUUCGUAGGUUGAACUGUAGGUUUGUAGCAUUCAGAUUCACGUGAUGAGUUCCGACGAAUUCACAGGCGCUAUGCUCUGUAAGACAAGUUGCGAUAAACAAACUCAGACGCCGCGAUAGUUUUAGUUAUCGAGGAGUAUUACAGAUUUGCAGCUUAUCUAUUUGCUUUUGUAAACUACCCAUAACUGAACCUCAGCUCAGGAAAUCCUGACUCGGACCCAGUUGGUCAUUAGACUUGAGCCGCGUACAAUCAUUCGCGAUGCGCACUUAAGGUCACGUGAGAGGGGGGUUCUUCGAUGUGAAAUCCUCGCGAGGCGACAUCGGGAGCGCUCUUAUCCCACCCUGAACUGGUGAUCACAGCUCUCACGUGACCUUGAAUGUUCCCGAUUGCAGUCUCUCGAGCGUGACCACGUGAGUUAAACAGCACUGAGCAAGGCUCAACGACCAUCUCUGUCCUGACUCGACCUCCAGGUCUUUCCAACAGUGAAUAAACCGGAAAUAGUUACGCCAUUACCUCCCCCCUGUGUGUCGGAAACCGUUCGCGAUAGUUCAUUGCCAGUUGCUAUGCGACAGCUGUUGAAUAAAGCUGCAGUGGCAGGGGGACGUCCGUAUUCCUCCCUGGAGCUGACCACAUUUGUGGGCACGAGGUUUUAAUGGGUUCUCAGUAUAUUGGGCCUUUUAAUGCGCGAACUCAGUGUUAAUGCUUCGGGAGCAGCAUUAUAAAGUUUAACCCGUAAGUUGAAAUAGAUAUUUGAGCUGACGUUAAUUAUCUUCAACGGAAUGACUGACGGACGACCGUCGAUUUCGACGAUGUCCACCGUCUGCUCCACAUCAAAGUGAGAGCGGGGAUGGUGGACUUGCAAAGCAUCCGCUGCACUCCUUCCUCCCCUCCCCCUGAAGCCGGCGUCAUGACCAAGUCAAGAAUACCAGGGGUGGGAGAGGGCGAAGGUGGUUGGCGCGGCAGGGGUCGCCCCUUGGGCGUGCUCCCAUACUUGGUUCGGAGUUCACGUAGCGGAAGUGCCAUGGCAGCCGGAAUUUCACGCCACCAGUCGACCACUCCACACAAACACACAGGUGCGAGGUCCAAUCUGUCCUGUCAGUUGGCAAUAUUCCAAGCCGUGGCUUUUGGCGCACUGUGAUAGCUCCAAGCGUGUCAGAUUGUUUGUAGUGAGGAAAAAGCACUGGGACGUCGGCCUCACUCUCUAUUCCCAACCCCAAGCACCAGUCAGCGGAAUAACUGCAUGAUAAGUACGUUCUGACAACGGGCAGUCAGUAAUAUAAAAAAACUGGUUGAUUUUCCAUGCUACCGGGAAUUGGCUUCGUCGAUUUCAUAACGAUGCCAGACGCAGCUGGGAGGAAUUUCGUUCAUGAGUGAGUCAGCGAGUCGUCAUACUGACAGAACGGGUAGGAAAAAAAAGCGCUGACUAGAUCUUUAUACAGUAAGUUUUCGCGCCUGGGCUGCCCCGUUCAAGUUUUAAUGCGGGAUGUGUGGAUUGUAAGGAGGAAAACGGUCAGUUUGACAUUUUAAUCUUCGUCAAUACUGUUCCAUAGAAAGCAACCGGUUUUUGACAAUCCUCUGCAAAAGAGUUAUUGCGACAUCCUGAUUCAGUCUUGCGACUACUUAAGGCCCUGACUUUCAGUAGUAUUGGAAUGACGACAGGGGGGUAAGGUCUCAUCGGAUCACUAACUGGUGUUGCUCCGUGCUCUUCUAAACUAGCCUCUCUUGGCUCCUCUGCGGUGGUUUGUCUUGUGGCGUUUAAACCAGAUCAGGGGACGUACUUUUGUGGCCCCCUAAACAGAACAUGGAAUUAGGAACGGCCCGGCCAAGUAAUAAAGGUGGACCUGCGCAUAAUUCUAGAAAUGGGAAAAGUACUCCGGCGUCUUAACUCCAACAGAAAUCCGAUCUCAUGAAAUGUUGGCCAAAAUUCUGGAAUGCGUUUCCGAUUGGGAAGGAUUACUUAAGUGGGGUUGUUAUUACUGAUUAUCAUGCUGCAUAACCCUAUAACACUUCAGACUCGCCAGGAUGUCGGCUAUUGAAUGCACUUCUUUUUGACAUCCUGCAAAAAGCACACACGGCAAAAAAAUGACUAAUUAAGUAGCAUGCAUUUUUCCUAUUGAUUUUAGAUGGUCUCAUAAAUUCAAAUAUAUUUUAUAGAGAACAUGCACAAAAGUAUGCUUUCUUUUGCUCAUUUGGUGGGAAAUCACAUCUUCAUAUUUUAUGCCCGAGGAAAGCGUAUAUUCAGGUUGUAAAAGUAGUUUCCCUAUUCCCGAAUAAUUUUCAGCCUGAUCUGCCAUUGCAUCAGCGUUUAGUAAUUUCAGUCUACAAGGUGCAUGCUUUCAGCGUAAAGAAAAUCAUAUAUUCCUCUAUGCCUUUAAGAAGAUACUACAUGGAGUUCAUGAGAUUUUGCAGGGGAUCCGGAGUAUGUUGUACAUUUCAGGAGAAGCAUUAGCAAACGGACAUGUGCGGUCUUGAAUGCAUAGACAUUGCACGGUCUUAGAAAUCUCAUAAUUAAAAACUUUUUUAAAAUCCAAAUAUACAUUGUCAUCGGGCAUAAAAUAUGAAGAAUAUGUGUUUUCCUACCAAAUGAGCAAAAGAAAGUAUAUUUUUGUAAACGUUUUCUGUAAAAUGUACUUGAACUUAUAAGACCAUCGAAAAUCAAUAGGAAAAAAUGCAUGCUGCCUAAGUAGUCAUUUUUUACCGGGUGUGGUUUCUGCAGGAGGCCGAAAAGAAGUGCAUUCAAAAGCCUACAUCCUGGUGAGUCCGAAAUAUUCUAGGGUUUUGCUGAAUGAUAAUCAGUAUAACAACCCCACUUAGGUCAUCCUUCCCAAUCAGAAACACAUUGCAGAAUUUUGGGCAACAUUUCAUGAGAUCGGUCACGCACUGCAGUAUAAAACUAAGCCGUUGCCCUGAUUUGAACUCUAACCCUACGUUAGCACAUAAUUCUGCAACUUACACUGGCCCCCACCUUAACCCAAAACUUGAUCCUGACUUACAUUACCGUUAGUUUUAAAUCUAGUCUUAAACCUAGUCCUUAACUUAAUCCCAAUCCUUACCUUAAAUCUAGCCCUAAUUUCACUGGAUGUCGGCUCGAAGACAUUCGUGUUGCAGGCGACUCCUCUUCCCAUAUCCUGUUUAGGCGUUCACAUAUGUCAUUCCUACCCAGAUCGGUGCCUGUCACCGCGUUUAACUCGUGACAGGCUCCAGGAGACAAAUUUCUAUCGAGGAACACCCACCCACUCAUUCACUCACUGUAAACACGAGAAUUCCAAUUUCAGGUUUACUUUGGCUAUUCAGUCGCAGGCAUUGGGCAGGGUAUGUAGAAAGUCAAAAGGCCGUUUCAGUUCAGUUUGGCUUGAAAUACAAUUUGCUUCUGUUAAUUUUUUUCCAAAGAUAAUUUUCCAAAAUUUAUGAACUUUCGGAUCUGUUUCGUCGCGCACACACGCACACCCAACUUUACCUGCUUGCUGAGCAGUAGUCGCGCAUUUCUCGCAAACCAGCGGGGGCGGGCUUCUUUAUGCGAGGAUGUUUGCGGAUAAUCUGGCCAUGUAGAUGACCUCGUGCAUUUACAGCAAUCCUCCAGAUUUUGCUUCAUUGCUGACCUCAAUCUUAACUCUGCGCUCGAGCUAAUGCAGCGGCAGCGUCCUGGCCACUGUGGACUCCGCUGUUACAAACGUUACAUAAGAAAGAGAGAGCACCAUUUAGACUCGAGACGAUGAUCCGGCUCAGCAUGUCCUUCUUUGGGUUCAUCUGUUGUAUCUGCCAUGGUUGUGAGGUCACCCUAAAUCCCGUUUGGAGGUGUAGGGGGCAGAACACCAGUGUAAGUGAAACGUGGUGAGGAUGCCAAAUUCCCCAGACACAGCGAGGUCCAUCGCUGUGUAGGUGGGCAAAUUGCAGUUGCGCAGAAACAGAGGAGAGGAGGGGGGAGAGUGCCAACGGACAUAACAACUACCGACUGCGCUGUAGAUGUGCUGAACUGAAACAACGGUCAGGUGGGUUCACAGCAUUUGUUUUUCGGGCGGCACAGGGAGGUGUGGCGGCAUGCCUUAGACGUAGACCCCCCACGCCGCGUCAGCCAUUGCGUCCAAUUGCAACACCGGCUGGUUGGCAGACUCGAACAGUCGACUGGUGCACUACAGCGGGAAGAAAGAGUGAGACCGGCGCUGGGAAACCCUUCAGCGCCUUUCUCACUGUAAAGAAUCUGGCACGAUUGGAUCGAUCACUUCGCGCUGUCAGUCCUGUCGUGGAAAGCUGCCGCCCAACAGGAUAACUCUGUCCAUCUGAUGUGAGCCGCUCCUACAGAAGCCUUAGACAUGCUGUUAGGUCCUGUAUGCGGUGCACGCGUAGACGAGCUGUUUAACCUUAUCAACUACUACGCUCACCUCCGGUCGUUUUGACAUUGUUUCGCCAUCGAGGCAAGGUGACUGAGGGGGAGAGAGUGCGGUAGAUUCUGUGCAAGGCCGUUUAAUUAUAAAGUAAUUCACACACAAGCCACUGGUCUGCUCCCACUGCGUGGAGCGCGCUGUGGACCCUGUUGUUCGCGACAAUCAAACUGUUGGUUAACCCCUUUGUAAGUGAGCCCUGCCAGAAUAAAGCAGUAGGUUAGACAAGGACUGGAAGGGCGGCUGGCGGAGCAUUUACUUUGCUGUCGGUCCCGAGGUCACGCUUGUGAAGGAAGGGGAAUUAGGGUCUGGACUAUCUACAUGUGCACGAAAAUGAGGACGGGUCUUACGGGAGAGUCAUAAAACGCUUGUGUACUUGACUAAUCUGCUUUGGGGCGUGUCGAGUUUGAGGAGCGUAUGGUCACGCACGCGAGAGGCAAGACUCGACCAGGGCUCUAGCCAAUCCAAUCGAGUUCACUGCAGAAAUAAACUGCAGAGGGAUGCGCUGAGUAGGGCUAAGGUCCCUAUCCUGGCUUUUUGCAUGCCAUCCUGUGCCUAAUGAUGGAAAUUGUCUCAUUUGUCAGUCUUCCUUUUGCUCAAAACCCGUAACGCUAGGAGGGCUGAAGGUUUUUCCAGUGUACUAUACAUGCACACACUAGGCAGAUCAUGGGGAGUAGGCUGCCUGCAAGGAUGGACGAUGGACAAUUCAACCAGAUGACACUUUCGCCAUAUCCGCGUGUAUGCAUACGCAGGGGGUUGGCAUCGGUCAAAUAGUGCUCACCUCGGCCAUGUGGACGUCUGUGGACGUUUGACGGGAAUAGUAAGGAACCAGCGCUCACACGCCUGCUCAUUGCAACUAUUAUGGUUAUUAUUAUCAUUAUUACUGAUUCAAGUUGGAGAAUGCGCAUCCAUGACAAGUGACAACAUUGGUGGUGUGGCGGCAAGCCUAGAUGCAGGCUCAUGUCGUGUCAAUUGAAAUAUGAGCUGUCCUCCCUUUUCUUGUAUAAAACCCUAGCCACUGUCCGUUGUGGACCAGGGGAUGUGGUGGUACGCCUAGGUGCGGAUCUAGCCACGCCAGCCACCUGCGUCCCCUCUCGCCUCCGGUCUUCUCGACUUGCUCUUGACGCCGGAUCUAGGUGGGGGGGAGGGAGGAGAGAGUGCGGUAGAUGCUGCGCAAGUUUACUGUCACUAUAAAUUAACUCACGCUCAAGUCCCAUCCCCUUUGGGACAUUGUCAAUCGAACUGUCGAGCGUUAAAAGGAAUAUCCGGCAUUUGAUGUACAUAAGUACCUGCGAGGGCGGUGCCUCAAUAUCGGUCUCUUUAUUGGGAGUUAAUGUUCUGCCACCUAGACUUUCAGUCGAUUGAAUGAUUGAAAAUCCCUUGGGUAAGCCAUUUCCGGGGCGUUAUGUUGGUUAGCCACCCUCUUUACACGUGAAAUUUCGUAUCCCGAGACCGAAAUCAUCUGUUCCAAUAACGUUCUCCCACCUACGAACUCAGUCCUCAUAGCCCAAUCUCACGCGUGGAAGGGAUCGUCAUCGCUGACUGAGUCGAAUGACUAAGUCGUAUUUACGCGCUUAUACCCACACGAGCGUCUGAGUCAUGCCGUGUGUGUGUGCUUGGUUGCUAAGCCACGUCAUGUAACUGACACGAAAGUCCUCUCUGGUGGAAGAUGUAGUUUUUUUCGUGUUUAGCAGUUUCUGCUGCGAGGUGUACACCUCUUCAACAAAACCGUACAUUUGGCUUUUCUUAUUUCCUACAUUAGAUGACAAAAUCCGCCUUCCGAGACACCAUUUAGUAGAAACGAAAUUGUCCGGUUCAUCCACGCCUGCACCGACUAGUGAGCCCAUAUAAGGGAAACGUUCUGCGAAACAAAACUAGGAAUCAGAACCGAAUCGCCACCUGUAGGCCUGUUGGUUCGUAUUUUAGACCUACUGUACGGUAAGACGGCUUUCGACAAACGGUCUUUACGAUCGACCAAUCCGGCAAUUUUAUCACGUACUUGCAAGACCUGGAGUGUACCGAAACUCCCAAAAUCGUAACCCAACUUUGUAAAUACGUGUUAGAGUAGAAAAGGCAGCGGUAAGAUGUGGUUAUGUAGCCCCACCUGAUGGACACAAUACUGUUGGGGUUAGGGCAACUAUUUCUCAACCACUCAAAGUACAACCGCGCAUUCCCAAUAGCUUUUCUUUUGCAGACAACUACUUGACCUUGUCGUCUGCGCGUUCUCCGGCCCCACCUGUAAAAAUCCCUAUUGCCACCGGUCCCGUAUUACAGGUGGCUGGGAUUUGUUUACUUCAGGUGGGGCUACGAAACCACAUCCAACCAAGGCUGCUUCAAAUGCAGUUUCGACGAGGAUCAAGGUUAUUUGGAAACGGUAGCACGCCGACGUUCAGUUGAACAUUUACGGCCACUUGUAUGGACACCACUCAGAAUAAAACAACCUCGAAGAUAGGCUUUAUCUUUUUUUCACGGUUUCCUGCGCCUGUAUAAUGUAGACUCACACAUAAUGUAGUUGGUACGUUCUGCAAAUAGCAUUAAGGAACCUGAGGAUAUGAGUCUAUCUGCGAGCGUUCGAAAAAGUCGUAAUCACAUCCUCUUAAAGCUGAGGGACAUGUUUCUCUGGGGGAACAAUACUGAAGUAGUAAUUUCCCAUAAAAAACGAAUUUCGCACAUUCCUUACGAACGACAUGGUUGGGUUAACGGUGACGUAGGAACUCGGCAGAAGUGUGUACGUGCUGCCUAAGUAGUGUUUUAGUUUGUGUGAAAUUUGCACAGAAGCCGAGAGAUGUCCAGCGAGAACCCGACACGUCUCCAUGUUUGAAUAAGUCUGCUGGUACGUUCCGGGCCAAUCGGUUCAUGCUUAGUGAGGUUCAACGCCCCACUUUACUGUAUUCCCGAAGCUGAGUGCGCUCCUUUCCGCUUUUUGUGAGACAGACUCCUGAGUUCCUCACUCAUUGUCAACUGAACCGAUUAAACUUCAUUGUAUUGCGCUCCACCGUUAUUGUUGACUGAGCAUGCUGUUUUGAUCCACAUGACGGACUGCACCGCAGAUGCGUUGGAAGAAGACGGGCGUAGGACUGACUCACAACGCGAGUUUACCGGGCUGCGCAGAGUACGCGAGAGCCCACAACUACAGCCUCGCGUGCGCAUGUAGCACGCCCUAGGCGUUGACUUGCACGUCGUCUCAGCCACUGCAUCCAAUCGCAUCAUCCGUGUGGUUAACCGGCUCGGAGAGGGAAGAUAGAGUGAGGUCGACAAUGGGGAACCCAUGCCCACGGCAGGUUAACACCAUCCUCGCUCUACUGCAUCUAAAGCGCUUGAAUCUUUAACGAUGCGUCAGGAGUCGUGGCUUGGAAGGUUGCGCACCGACGGUCGGUCCUCCUGGUAAGUAUUUCGGAGCUGCAAGAAGACUGAGAGUUGGGCUGCAAUAAUUCCUUCUCAAUACGGCCUCCACGACGCUCUAACAAAUGCGAGGUCCGAGCUGCUCUUAUGCAAGCCCGGCACGCGCAGUGGGGACGAGGCCUUGUGGGUGGUCCGCGUAGACGGACUGUUUAUUUUUGUCAGCUAGCACGCCCGGGCUGGUCCCCGGCCUUUUAACAUUGCCCCGCCAUCUGAGCCAAGUGGUCGAGGAAGAAGGGAGGGUGCCAGAUACUGCGCAAGUCACCUUUGCUGUGCUGAUUGGCCGUGGAGAUUGAUUCCCCAAUGUCGACCUCACUGACUCUUCCAUCCUUCACGCGCCAGCCGAAUGUCAGAGCCUGUCGGUCAGCAGGUGGUGGGAUAGUCGGUGAAGGUGGGUGGACGGUAAAGCGAGUUUAUAGUGACAAUGACCAUAUGAGUUUGUGAGAACACGUCUCCAUCUGCAGCGUAACCCUUCUGCCCAAUUUGCUUUUUUUUCACUCUUUUUUUCAGAACCCGCCUGAAUCGCAUGUCAAAUAUUCUCCUACUUAGAGGCAAACCUGGAAAACUAAAAGACUCAAUCGAAGAAGAGGCCGAUCGACAGUGGAGACUGCACGGAACGCUGGGCCAUCGGCCACUCAGCGCCGACCUCCACACACCGUCUUCAUCAUGGCCGCGGCCGCCAGUGCACGAGUCCUCGUCCUCAGCCAAUGGGAACUCGAGCUGCCGCUGCAGCGCACUGGCGGCCAAUCACGAGGCCCCUCGGGGCGCAGUGAUGUCGCGGCGACAAAGGUACGCCAGCUGUUGACACAUGGUCUCUCUUUUUUAUGCCUCCGGAUUCGUUAAAGUCACACCCAAAGGGUGCAAACGUACGCAGUGGGGUUUUACGAGCAUCGUUGUCACACCCAAAACCUGCAUGAAACGGGUGAACUCUUAAAGCAUGCCGGAAGUCUUUCAAAAAUGGAGGGUCGCAGCAUGCACCAAAUCGCAUUCGCUAGAGUUGAUUUUCAGACGAGAAAGGUGACUCAUAUAGGCUUACAAUACUUACUAGUAUGCAGCGCAGUAUUUUAUUAUGAAGGCGCGAUCUGCUGGCUCCAGAGUUAGAAUUUACUCGUCUUUUCGAAACAAAAUUUCUUUGCGAGAAGGGCUUUCAUCGAUCGUUUUGCGGGGCAUGCUUGUCCCGUUGCGCCUAUCAGACAUUCCAUUACGACCUCUAAUGAUGUGGGCAGGAAUGCUGAUAAAGACAAGGAUUUCUGUCAGGGCAGCGGGCUCGUGGCCCAGUGGUUAGAGGCGUGGACUUCUAACAGGUCGCGAGUUCGAGCCUCGGGUGUUCCCCAGUUCGGGGUUGGGUAUGACUGGCUGACGACGGCUAAUAAUCUAGAAAUGGCCACUCCAGUCUCCCUUGUCUUUUUUGGUAAUAACAUACGGUUUCUGUCUUAUUAGCCGUCGUCAGCCAGCCAUAGCCAAUCCGAGGCUUGCAUAACCUGGGACGAGCAUGGUGGACGUCCUUCCUACGAUAGUAAAGGCUCCCAGUCUUAAUCGACAGGACAACAGGGACCGGUGGCUCAGUGGUAAAGCCUGGGACGUAAAACAACCAACAGAAAACAUCUCGGAUUCAAAUUCAGGGUCCUAAAAACCUGGGGUUAGAUGAGGCCGGUUGACGACGGCCAGAAAUGGCCGUCCAGAUCUCAUAUGCUUUAGUCGGUAAUCCCUCCUGCACUUAUCUAUUGUCCGAUCGUCUCACUGAUGCUUCCCUGAAGUCGGAAAUGCCUCCGAGACAAGACAAACAUUUUGAGAGUUCACCCGACUGAAUUUGCAGUCCACGUUCUGCUCAUGAAAGGUGCGAGCUGGUCUGGAAAUGCAGAUAUCAGAAUCUGACGUCAUAUUGUUUUGGUAAUAAUUAGAACGUCCUCGGGCAACACCCAAACCGGGCAGUAAGGAAAUCUUAUGGAAAUAACAGAAACGAUCAGUCUCACUGCAUGCAUGUAUUUGUAGUUGAUACGCAGACCUGUCACCUUAAGUAGAGACCGGUAUUCCUCAAAGCCACUGGCGUCAGUCGUGUAAGGAAGAAAGAAACGAACCACAGAGUGCUGGCGUGAGCAGGGCGCUGUUAUUUGUAGUCGUGUCACUCUGGAAAGAACGUUUUAGUCCAUUAAAACAAAGCAACCUAAAUCAUUAAAAAUGCCAAAUUUUGUAAGACAUGGAUAACAGGUACGUCCGGAUGGUAUGUUUGAAGAACAACCGAAUUAUAAAAACAGUAAAAAGCCGGACUUGUUGAUAGCAGCGUGUCAGACACUCUUAGUCCUGUAAAUCAGAGAAAAACAUUGCCACAAAAAAUGGAGAAGCGCUAAAAGUCUACCUUGUUAGAAGACCUUAUCUCGCAUGUCCAAUGUUCUAGCUUAACUGGCUUCGUUGCUUUUUAAUUUCCCCAGAAAUUAACUGCGAACUUGGAGUACCUCAGUAUAUUCUAGGUCUUCAUGUUCCGACAGAAGUGUUUAUGCAUGAAUGUUUGGGCCGAAGUCCAUCAGCCACAGCGGGUAAACGCGUAAUAUUCAUUAACUGCCGACAGGCAGCUAGUAGCAUACUUUAGGGUGAAGGCAUACAGCACAGGUAUUAACCAAAAGCCCAUACACGCGUGUUUCGCCGAUAUUCUGUCGCUGCAUGACACAGCUGCGAGGGGUUCGGCUUAUCAUUAUACCACGUUGUCGGUUGGAGUGGCCAUGUACACUCACUGAGUCCGCCUACUGAAAUUUCCGGACAGUUUUAUGUGCGAAAGUUUUGUCCAGUGUGAAGAGGGAGUUCCUCUACUGGACACGAAUCCUACAAUAGCCUUCACCUCUCUGAAUUUUGAAUUUUGUGCAACCCUACAACAGCCCUGAAUGUUAACCUCAUACGUCCCUGUUUUAAGUAGACCUCGUUUGAUUCAAUGGACGUUUCUUCCGUCCUUGUUUGUUAUUUCUCCUUGGGCGUCGCAUGUUUCGGUCUGGGGUGACGGAGCAGAUAAAGCCCUAGGCUAAACACUACCACAUUCGGCCCAGAUCAUGAAGAGGAAGAGGAUACGUAGCCGUACCUGUUAGGGAUUAGGGGUAAGGAGUUAGGGUGAGGGGUCAGGGGUUAGGGUUAGGAGUCAGGGGUUGGGGUUAGGGCAAACACCCUAUUACCACUGUUCCCGUAUGACAGGCAUCUGGGGCUGGUCUACUGCAGGUACGGCUACGAAAUAAGAUCCGACCGAAUCUGCCAUAGCAACUUGGCGACCGGACAAAAGACGCGCACACCCGGCGCAGCCGAAACAGGCGCCCGGAUGUCUUGAGUGAGAGGACGUCUGUGUCCGCCUUGAAGAUGAUUGGUCGGUUUCGACAGUUGUGAUUGGCCGAACAACAGACGGAGUAUCUCGCUUUCAGCGAUUGGCCUGACGCGGUGUGAUCAUUGUGCGGAGCCUCACCAUGUCCAACGAACGACUGAUGCUGGUGUGUGCAGAUGCAGUGUUUCCGCGGGCGCCGUAGUGGGAUCAUUAUGGGGGUGCCAUGGAGCACUGUCAUUACAUUGUCACCCCUUCCUAUAAGUCAUGCAUGGCUUGUUUUAUUGGACGUGGUAUACCCGAAACUCCCUGCAAUGGAACUUUUACCAAUCGGAUUACUUUCCCUCUUAAUUCCGUAUUAUGGUUAGAUCUUAUUUUGAAGCCGUACUUGCAGUAGACAAGCCCCAGCCCAACCCCUAACCCCUAACCAUGACUCCUAACCCCUGACGCCCAACCCCUAACCCUAACACCUAACAGGUAAGGCUACGAAAUACGAUCUUGCCCGUAUUAUUUUUGGAUUCGAAACACCCUUUGCUGACGGUUGAUUUCUGUUUAUCAAUACUACUUUAGGGGGGAAAAUAUACACAUACAAACCAGGGUAUGAGUAAGCCGACGGACUUAUUCAUUCGUCACACAUCACGCUUAGAGUACUCUUGCUUACGUAAAUAUAAUGUUUGCCCUAUAGGGUGCUUUAAAUGUUCUAACUGACCAAGCACUGGGCUAUUUCCAAUGCCUUUUGCAAAUGAAUACGAUUGAUUUGCAAAGUCGCAAGGGACUUUAAGCAGACACAGCGAUACUUUUAUGUAUGCAGAAUGUCAUCCAUGAAACUGCACCUGCCAUCGGUCGUUCAACCAUGCAACGGGAAUUGUCAUUGCCCACGAACCCCAAACUCGUCUGUUGGUCACGUAUAACUGCUUUUCACGUGACUUUCCCAUCCACACAAAUUCAACAAUUGUGCUAAGGCCUUCCUGUUUUCGUUUGCACGAUCGGCGUAUUGUUCCUGCGGAAGCUGUACUUAUCUGCGGUCGGUUUUAGAGAUCCUUAAAGCAUUCAGUCCUGAGAUUCUAGCAGUUUUUGGGAAUUUUAUUAGGACUGAAAUUGUAAGGAUCCUGUGCGUCUAGGCUAUGCCACGCGUGAUGUCUUUUGACGACCCAAGUCAGCGUAACGGACCGAAGAAGCCUUUUUGGUUCGAGACCAGAUACAGUUUAAAUAAGCCAAUCAUGUCAAGGCGCAGUUAGGACGAGCAUGUUCCGUCUUGCAAUCAAGUCGCGCCAGCCGUGUGUGCCAUCUACAGGCUGAUGUGCUAGUUCACCCAGACUUCGCAUGGCGCCAUCUCGUGUAGUUAUGACUCGUUAAAAUACUGUUUUCAAGUAAUUAUUGAUUUUUGACUGAGUGCAUGUUUUGUACGCAUAGAAAAUUGGUUUAUCAUGAUCUGAAAAAGCGCGCAAAAUUGAAUUCCGACACGUACAGUAAGUGACCGAUCUCAUGAAAUGUUAGCCGGAAUUCUAAAAUGCGUUUUCGACUUGGAAGGAUUACAUAGGUGACGUUUUAAUAUUAAUCACUACGAGGCAUAAUCCCAUGACAUUUCGAACUCACCAGAACGCUGGCUUUUCGAUACAUUUCUUUGCGACCUGUAAAAACUCCACUAGGUAAAAACCGGCUACUUAAGUAGUACACAUUUCACAUCGAUUUUCGAUGGCCCUCUAAAUUGAAAUGAGAGAGAGGGAGGGAUUCACUUUGUUUUGAAAGUAUGGAUUCAAACUUGUCAGCAAAAGGGGUUCCAUUCACUGUGGAUAGAAAGCAAGUUAACAAAUUACUCAAAAGUCGAAGAGUUUUGCAAAGAAAGGAACGACUAAUUAUGGGGACAGUUCAAGUCUUAGCUUCUGUAUCUCUGCCUCUUAACACCUUAGAUAGCGUGCCAGGAAUGGCGAUACAGAAUGUUGAAAUGCCGAUGUACGGCAAGAGAUAUGUCGAAAGCCACGGCACAAUUUAUAGAAAAUAUGCGCAAUAUUUUUUCUUUUACUCAUUGGAUAGCAGGUUACGUCAUCCUCACAUUUUAUACUCGAAGAGAAAUGACCUUUAGUGGUAGGGGGCGCUCACCGAUCGUUUCUACGGAACUCACUCGUUCCGUUGUGCCUUAUGGGCUCUCUCUCUCGAGCCCAACCAGCAGCCGUUCAGCGGCGCAUGAUAUAGGCAGAAUAACAUUACCGACAAAGACAAGGGAGACUGGAAUGGCCAUUUCUGGCUUAUUAGCCGUCGUCAGCCAGUCAUAACCAACCCCGAAGUGUGGCACACCCGAGGUUCGAACUCGCGACCUGUUUGUUAGAAGUCCACGCCUCUAACCUCUGAUGUAGGAAGGAAUGCUGAUAAAGACAAGGGUUUCUGUCAGGGCAACGAGCUCGUGGCCCAGUGGUUAGAGGUGUGGACUUCUAACAAACAGGUGGCGAGUUCGAACCUCGGGUGUGCCACACUUCGGGGUUGGAUAUGACUGGCUGACGACGGCUAAUAAGCCAGAAAUGGCCAUCCCAGUCUCCCUUGUCUUUGUCGGUAAUAUCAUGACCUUUGGUUUUUAAAACAAGUUUCUAUUUGCGAGACUUUUUAAGAUCUUUAAAUGUUCAUUCAUACUGAAUCGUACUUGUCCGUUUAUUGAUGCUCCUCAGAAAAUAUACAACAGGCCGCAUCCAUUGCAGAAUUUUGUGAACUCAACAUGGUAUCGUUUUAAAGGUAUAGAGAAAUAUACUUUCCUUACGCGGGAAGUAUACACCCAUAGACUGAAGUUGCUAAAUGCUAAUGCAGCAGCCGAUUUGGCACAAAAUUAUCCAGGAAUCGGGAAAGUUUUUCAAGGUCUAAAUAUGCCAUUUUUUCAAGUAUACAAUGUGAAGACGACGUAAUUUGCUAUCAAGUGAGUAAAGAAGAAUAUUUUUGUGCGUAUUCUCUAUAAAGUGCAUUUCAAUCUACAGGGCCAUCGAAAAUCGAUGUGAAAAUGCGUACUAGUUACGCAGUCAGUUUAUGGCGGGUGAAGUUUUUACAGGAGGUCGCAAAGAAAUACAUUGAAAAGCCAACAUUCUGGCGAGUUCGAAACAUCAUGGGAUUAUGCCGCGUGACGAUUAAUAUUACAACCUCACCUAUGUAAUCUUUCCAAGUCGUAAACGCAUUUUGGCUAAAAUCUAGUGAUAUCGGUCACUCACUGUAUUUUGUGGAUUUUUAUUGGCUGCGUGACGCGACUAGGAGAGUUUCAGUGCAUCGGUGGGUUCUCUGGCGUUUCGCUUUUGAUUUCUUUUUAUAGCCGCAGCCUUCAAAGUGAAGUGGCCUUCACUCGCUGGAUGGCAGUAAAGACUCAGAAAUGUAGGUUAGAAUGACGUAAGAUCAAAGCUCGUGGCUCAAAUCAAUUAUUCUGAGAUGAUGAGAAACACGUUUGAACACUAUUUUACGAAACAAGAUUUUAUUGACGCAAGCUAAAGGAGGAACCGACUUUGUGCGAACGACUUAUGAGCUACUGCGGGCCUAUCUGUUAAUUAAGGCCCCAAAACACUCUGAGAUGGGUAACCGGCUGGAUAUGGGUAGCUCCCGAUAAACGUCAUACUUUGUGGGCGACCGCCACUAUUGUCACCUACCGCCUUUGUUCAACACCCCGCCACAUCAGGGUUGGUAACCAUCCCCGCGAACGGCUUUGGCUGCGUUGAAAUCACAGUCUGACCGACUGCAACACAGAGGAGUUUGGUGACCCCGACGUUAAUAGGGUCGAUAUUUACCAAAUAUGUUUGAGACUUAGUCAUUACGACAACCAUUCCUCGACGAUAUCUCUGCUAAGCAGUCAACCUUGAGGCUCUGUCUGCCGGAGUGGUGUAGUCGACCCCGGGCACGCUGGACACCCCCCUGCACCUUGUACGAGCGUGCCCAUCCAACAACAUAAGUUGACGAGGAGGCACUAGUGCACCGCUCAAUUGUUGCCUCGAAUGCGCUUUUUGCCCCCGGAUCGAGCCGCCAAUUCGAUCACCGUUGACGCACGUCAUCUAGCCCUCGUGUGCCCUAUACCAAAGCGACCGCUUCAUCACUUUCUCCAAGGUCGACACAUUCACUUUGCUUUGUGACCGCCGGCAAGCUGUAGACGACCGUGAUCCUCACACCACCCGCCGGUCUUCGCCUUGUCGCGUCAAGCUUAUUCAUCCUCCCUGUAGAAGCCCCACACGCGCCAUCCUUGUAACACGAAUAGAAAUUCACAUCUAGGCGGCCCAAACCGUCCUUGCCUCAUGCAAUGCGACAGACCAUUUGGCCACAGGGCCCUUGAGCUCUCGCCCACAAGCCCAGAAAAGCAGUUGAUAUAAAGCAUAACUUUAUAUUGUCAGCACAUUCCCUGAAUUUGACAGAGGUAAUCUCUCACUCUGGUAUCUCUACCAUGUUCCGCUGCUUAAUGACUGAUGGUCUGAAGCAAUGGGUGCACAUAAGAUUACAGACUCUCAUUUACGCGUAUAUUUGCGUCUAAAUGUCCGUUCUUUUUCCAUGCCAGGGCAGAAAACUAAAAUCAAUAACUGCGCACCGUGUUUUCUGUUUUAGAAUGCUUUCUGGACAGUCUGAAUACCCCUGUGUGGGACAACAGUCUCAAAAUGUAACCUGGCGUCUAAUUCGAGACAAUGUUCCAAUUGAGCUGGUGUUGGGUACGUGGAAGACGAAUUUGUGCCUUAAAAUGUUACCUUGUGGUUGGCUGAUGACGCUCUGUUCUCCGAAACGCGCACGCUACAUAUGUGUAGGUUUGCCAUCAAAGUGCAUAGUUACUAGACGCAUCCUAACUAGGCCAUUGGUGACUAAUCAUCACCCUAAAACAAAUAGUACUCGCUAGAUAUGGGUAGCGCGCAACAAAAUGGAAAAAGGCCAAUCACCACCAAAAAAACCCCGUUUCCCAGUCAUCAGCCAACUGGGUGACCAAGUAACGUGGGUUCAAUUCCUAGGCUUGGUAGUUGGACUUGGUCGACUGAUGACCGUGGAUAGGCAAGAAACAACUCCAGUCGUGUUCCUCCACUGCCUUGCCACCUCUCCCACACUACUGACUGCUUCUUACUGUGCGUCCUCUUUCGACGGCUUUAGAUUGGAGCCCUAAAGCAUGUUUCCUCUUCCACUCAGAUGAGUGAAACUCCACCCUCACGCCACUCUACCCUUCAUUUCUGCAAUUCUCACUUGUAGAUACCAGCGACUUCACAGUGUGCUGCAAUGGGAGGGAAGUGCGUAACAUUGAGGUGAGUUGUUUUCGGACUAACUGGAAAUCCUGAAGUAUUUUGUGGCGGAGCUAAGUGCCGUUUUUCUUUCGAAUGCCUCCAGCCAUCAGUGAGGUUUGCUUCAGAGACAUGCCUCGCUGGGCUGAGGCAGUCUACAGUAAAUUGCGUGACGGGCUUAGGCAAAUUCACGCUGUCCCAAUGAUUGAGCUAUCCCGCGCAAAUUCGCUGAAACCUAAACGUAGUUCGUUAUUCUUUUAAAGUAGAACUGAUGCCUGUAAAAGGUGCUAAACCCCCACAGUCAGUGCGUAAAUCUUCUGUUUGUGGAAUUUCUGUAUUUUCGUAGUUUGCAUUGAAAAAACGUAAUUGCAACAAAUCAUUGGCAUCUAGUCAGCAGUCAGCGAGGCUACGUGCUAUCGCCUGCGGUGGUAGUGCGGUGUUUACGCUAAAUUAGACACUAUCAGGGAGUCUAUUGAAUGCGUGACGGGAACAUCUAGGGUAAUUUAUGAUGAGCUCUCCUGGCGUCACGAGGAAAUCGAUAUACGCAAAUGCAGUGGCAGCUAAUGGAUUAUGGGUUCUCUGAUCUUUCCUACUAAUUAAGGCCCGCCGUUCCGCUUAAUUCGCCGAUGAUGACCCCCGCAGUCGAUCAAAACGAUAAUCGGCAUUUUGGACAGGCGAGAGGAUGGGCGAUGAAGUUAAAGUUUAGUUCAAGACACGGGGGAAUGGAGUAGCCAUUUCUGACUUCUAUUAGCCGUCGUCAACCAAUCGUACCCAACCCCGAGUUGUGUAAGACCUGGGCCUCGAUUCCGCGCCCUGUUGAUUAGAAGGGGAUUACCAACAAAGACAAGGGAUGCAAUGAUGGUCAUCUCUGGAUUAUUAGCUGUCAUCAGCCAGUAACACCCAACUCCGGCUUUGGGAGGGCAUGAGCUUCGAACCCAGGUCCUUUUGGCCAUUCAAUCUUCUCUUCCGUCGGUCACGAUCGGGAAUAUUAACUUGUCGACAGAAACGAAUAGGCGAGCGCCAGGAAACAGUUCAGAAGAAGAUGCGAUCAUUGGAACAAGAAGUUCGGUUGUCCUGACGUUUUGGAUUCUUACUCGAGCCCACGACAGCUGUCUCCACUACCUUUAUCUGCGACUGUAUCCGAUGGUGGGUUCGAGUGAGAAGCGAGGUUUGGUUCCACAGCCCCACUUGAUCGAUAACAUAUAUUAACUUACUAAAACAAUUUUAGUUAAUAUAUCUAACUCAGCCAAUCACUGGAUUAGGAAGGGAAAGGGAGCGCACACAGAGCUCGAAUUACGCGCAGGUAAGUGAGUGAAGAUGGCGUGUACACACUUACCUCCGACACAACCACUCGUUGGAUGUAGAGGAUAAGGAGAGCGCAGUCACAACUGGAAGGCCAAGGAGGUAACCGCGCGGAAAUUCGCGGUGUAUGGCCAUUGUAGUGGAAUUGACGGAGUUUCACACCGUCCGGACAAUUCCAUUAGCAAGUCUACCUGGCCACUCGCUAGAUUAGGAGAGUAAAGAGAGCGCAAAUAGGGCUAGAAGCACGCGCAGGGAAGCGCGUGUGAACUGAUACCUGAAGUAACCAGGACUGGCGUAAAGGCACUCCUUCUCCCCUGAAACAGUCACUCGCUGGAUUAAAAUGGUAAGGAAGAUGAGAAUACGUGAUAUUCAAAUCGUCUAAAAUUUUUUAGAAAGUUAAACAUAUGGUAUCACUCAAGUGGGGCUGCGGGACCAAUCCUCUCCGAGUGAGAAUCCGAAACGUCAGACUAAUAAAACUUCUUAUUCGAGUGAUCGCAUAUUAACUUGUGUUGGAAGUGAGUUCAUCGAUCGGGUUAUAGGACACGAUCGUUCAGCUGAGCCUUGAAGCUCCAUGAAGAACACUCGCAGGCAGUCGCAUAACCGACAGCAAUGAUACAGAAGGUGGUACCAACAAAGUCAAGGGAGAAUGGGAUGGUCAUUUUUGGAUUAUUAACCAUCUUCGGACCUACCCAACCCCAGGUUUGAAGGCACCUGGUGUUCGGACUCGUGUGUUCUUAGCUAUUGAGCGUUAGUAAGUCCAAGCUUUAACCACUAUUCUGUCAUUUUCGACCGGGAAUAUUAACUAUAGAGGUAUAAAGAUUGUUUGUCCAACGAUAUAUAUAUAUAUAUAUAUAAAUAUCAUGGUAGGGGCGCUCACCGAUCGUUCAUACGGAACUCACUCGUUCCGUUGUGCCUUAAGGGCCCUCUUUCGAGCCCAACCAGCAGCCGCACAGCGGCGCAUGAUAUAUAGGCAGAAUGGUAUUACCGACAAAGACAAGGGAGACUGGAAUGGCCAUUUCUGGCUUAUUAGCCGUCGUCAGCCAGCCAUACCCAAGCCCGAAGUGUGGAACACCCGAGCCUCGAACUCGCGACCUGUUGGUUUAGAAGUCCACGCCUCUACCCACCGGGCCACGAGCCCGUUGCCUUGUCGGUUUUCGAUCGGGAAUAUACAAUGGUAGGGGGCGCUCACCGAUCGUUCAUACGGAACUCACUCGUUCCGUUGUGCCUUAAGGGCUCUCUCUCGAGCCCAACCAGCAGCCGCACAGCGAAAACCGACAAGGCAACGGGCUCGUGGCCCGGUGGGUAGAGGCGUGGACUUCUAAACCAACAGGUCGCGAGUUCGAGGCUCGGGUGUUCCACACUUCGGGCUUGGGUAUGGCUGGCUGACGACGGCUAAUAAGCCAGAAAUGGCCAUUCCAGUCUCCCUUGUCUUUGUCGGUAAUACCAUUCUGCCUAUAUAUAUAUAUAUAUAUGACUUGGGCCCCACCGUUUAUGAGCGUCUGCUAUACCAUGAUCAGCCAAUCGUGACCCUCGCGUGCGCUGACAGUUGUCCGGUACCUGGUUCUCUGGAGAUAGAUGCGCAUGCGCUCCCGCUAGGUACACAGGUCGUGUGCAUGGCUGCCCAGUCAUCCGCGUACUUUCUGCUGUUGCUGUUGUUGGUCAGGUGUUUGUUGUCGACUAGGGGAUGUGGAGUGGAGCGCCAAGGUGCGGGUUCGGCCGCGCUAUCUACCCCCGCCCUCCGCGCCUCCGGUCAUCAUGACUCUGCCUUGACACCGGGCUCAGGCGGGAAGGAGGAAAGAGUGCGGUAGAAUCUGCGCAAGUCACCGUGCCUGCUUCACCUUGCUGUGGAACACACGGCGGUCAUCGUCGGAUGCGGCGGUUGAAAUAUCAUACGUAUGACUUAAGUAUUUGCCUGCGGAGGUUUGAAUAAACAAUCUUUUCCAAGGCCCCGUCUGUCACCCUAAAAUAUUUUGUAUUACGAUGAAACACAAACACCCCCCUUCCCCACAGUUCUGGUCUCCGCACAUUCGUGUUAACUAUGCGGCUGUUCUCAUUUAAGCCGGGAACAGGGUCGCAUCAAAUGUUGUUGUUUUUGCUGAUGCCUCGGUCACCUGUGUUUUGUUUGUUACUUCGAGUUUCUACUGAGACAACGCGAUGUGAAGCCGACUCGCGGAAGGCGCACCAGCGUGGACUUUCAACAGGGUCAACUCUGCCUCACCUUCACCUUCUACGCCAGCCCGACACGUCGCUUCGCUGCCCUCAUUCGAGCCGCCUUCACCUCCACUAUCAGUCUAGGCUACGAGGAUGUGGUUUCCCAGGUUACCUCAGCGGAGAAGCUGACUCAUCUGGUGCGUUUCGGGCUUCAGUUGAGCAACUGGAAGCUGCGAAUCAACUCCCUUGAUGGCAGCUAG